ACUGAUGCAGGAUUACAGUUACAGUCAGUACUGACACAGGAUUAGAGUCACAGUCACUGUUAGGAUUCAGUUGUGAUCAUUUCUGUCAAUGCUGUUGUAUGGUUUAAGAACUUAAACCCAGCCCAGUCACAGUGAUUAAACUCUUGAAGAAAGUAUUUAUAUUGAGGUCAAAUGUGAGGUGAACUGGAUGUGAAAAACAAGAACACACUGCCCUUAAAAGAUAGUCGCCUUUCUAGGAUAUUUAAAGAAGCUUCUGAUGACCUGGGGGUAUUUAUGGAAGCUUCUUAUUACCUGGGAGUCUUUACAGCAUCUUCUGAUGACCUGGGCGUAUUUACAGUGGCAGGUAUACUGGUAUUCGGGGGUUUGUAAUCUGCAGCAAGAAAGUACAUUUAAAAUAUGUAAAAUAACCCCAAAUAACCUCAUUUAGCCCAGAGUCACCAACCCCACAGACUCCACCACACCUUACCUCCCUUUACCUUUAAUCUGCUAAAGGUGAAGUAUGUUUACGUCUAAUCUUUAAUCUACAGCCAGUUAGAGUGAGCUAUAAACAUUCAGUCAGGCCAGUUUCAGGGUUCAAUGUUCAAAUGAAUGUGCGCGUGGUUCGAUCUUUCGCCUGAAGCCUGCUGAUUUCCUGGAACGAGUCUGGUCAGCAGGUCCAGUUCCUGUUUUCUGAGAAAGUACAGUCAGAUCUGAUCACCACACAGCAGGAGAGGACCAGCACUGGGGACACUACGGAAAAUCUGUGGAAAUCUUUAAACCCAAAACUGGAAUAAACACACCCAAAAGAGGGGGAGAGAGAGUGAGAGAGAAAGAUAAAGAGAGGAGAAGAAAUGGAUAAAGGUGAGUCAUCUGGGCAUCUUGGGGAGACACAGCAUGUCUCAGAGCUGAGGAUUGUGCUGCUGGGAGCAAAGGAGGGAGGAAAGAGUUCAGCAGGAAACGCCAUCCUGGGCAAACAGGAGUUUACACCUGGAGUAAAAACUGCAGUGUGUAAGAAAGGGCAGGGGGAUGUACGUCGGAGGCAGGUCACUGUGGUGGACACACCUGGUUGGGUAUGUUAUUUUCCUGUUGAAGAUUCUCCAGAACUGCUGAAAGACCAGAUUGUGUGCAGUGUGUCUCUGUGCCCCCCUGGGCCCCAUGCUGUCCUGCUGGUCAUUAAUUUGAGCUCAUCUUUCCAAGAGAAACACAGGAGAGCAGUGCAGGAACACCUGGAGCUUCUCAGCGACUCAGUGUGGAGACACACAAUAUUGCUGUUCACCUUUGAGGACACUUUGAGGGAAAUGACUAUCAAGCAGCACAUAGAGAGAGAAGGUCAGGCCCUCCAGUGGGUCAUAGAGAAAUGUGGGAACAGGUACCAUGUUCUCAGCAGUAAGAACAGCAGUGAGGUCUCUCAGGUCUCAGAGCUGCUGGAGAUGAUAGAGAAGAUGUUGGUGAGUAAUGGUGGCCGUCAUUUUCACAUGGAGAGGAAAGUUCUACAGGACAUGGAGGAGAAGAGGAGGAUUACAGAAGAACGAGCCAAUCAGAGAGUGAGGAAGGUGAGAGAACACAGAGAGACCCUCAGAGACCUUCUUAAAGGGGAAACAAGCCGUCCUUCAAGGUUGAGGGUGGUGCUACUGGGGUGGGUGGUUGGGGGAAAGAGCUCAGCUGGGAAUACCAUCCUGGGCAGAGAGGAGUUUGGAGUUUGGAGAAGAACUGCACAGGGUAAGAAGAAGCAAGGUGAAGUCGCUGGGAGGCAGGUCACUGUGGUCGACACACCUGGCUGGUGGAAGUUUAUCCCGGCUCAUCUCACACCCGAUUGGAUAAAAGAGGAAAUGGUGAAGAGUUUGGCGCUGUGUCACCCUGGACCCCAUGCGAUCCUACUGGUCAUUCCUGCAGACACAGCAUUUAAAGAAGAGCAAAGGAAGAUAGUUCUAGACAACAUGAAGCACCUCGGAGAGGGAAUUUGGAGACACACUCUAGUGCUGUUCACCUGGGGAGAAUGCCUAGGAAACAUCUCCAUCGAGCAGCACAUAGAGAGAGAAGGACACGCCCUCCAGUGGCUCAUUGAGAAAUGUGGGAACAGAUACCACGUUCUCUGCAAUAAGAACAAGGAGGAUCACACCAAAGUCACAGAGCUGCUGGAGACGAUUGAGGAGAUGGUAGCAGGUAAAAGUGUCUUUCAUCUCCUGACUGAGACACAAGGUGAGGUGGUGGAGGAGAUAGAGGAGAUGGACAGAGAGACCGGGGGGGCUGAUCUCAGUACAGAGAAGCAGAAAGUUCCAGAACUGAUGCAUAUUAUUGAUGAACUCUGGAUCAGGAGGGAAGAGCAUCUGUUGGGGAAACUGGGUUUGGAUCAUACAGGAAAAAGCAAAGUUCUGCCUCCUGCUGAAUUGCAAGAAGUGUUUGAAAAGGAAUGGAGCAGAAUCGAAACAGGCCUAAAGCUGAAGAUGAUUCAGGAACAUACCACCCAAACAAGCAGGGGAGGCAGUAUGGAAACCCCUCUCUAUGGGGGAAACACACUCUGUGAAUCAGGGAGUUCGGUAGAAGUGGCUGAUUCCACAGAGGAAGAGGGGAAUGCUCUUAAGGAAGCAGCCAGCAAGACACAGACCCAGCAGUGGAAAGAUAGAGAGGAUGCUGUUUUUGAAAAGGAGUGGGAUAGGAGAGAAUGGGAGAUGUACCUGCAGUUCAGAAGGAUGAUUCAGGACUGGGCCACCUUGCCUGUGAGGGGAGCAGCAAGUAAUUCAUUGGGACGUCCCAACAUGAGGGAAGACACGUCCUCUGAACCAGACAUCUCUCGUCUUGCAAAGACAUGUAAGAAGGUGUGUGAGUGGAUGAGUGAAAAGCAUUCUGGGAAUUCUGCUGCUGCAUCUGGAUAUGAAACAAAUUCUGAAAUGAGCAAUACAGAGACCUCUGACAUCACAGGAAGAGACGAGGGACUGGGACACUGUGGGGCUGCUGAUACUUGGGAGACACAGCAUGUCUCAGAGCUGAGGAUUGUGCUGCUGGGAGCAAAGGAGGGAGGAAAGAGUUCAGCAGGAAACGCCAUCCUGGGCAAACAGGAGUUUACACCUGGAGUACAAACUGCAGUGUGUAAGAAAGGGCAGGGGGAUAGGAGGCAGGUCACUGUGGUGGACACACCUGGCUGGUUCCGUUAUUUUCCUGUUGAAGAUUCUCCAGAACUGCUGAAAGACCAGAUUGUGUGCAGUGUGUCUCUGUGCCCCCCUGGGCCCCAUGCUGUCCUGCUGGUCAUUAAUUUGAGCUCAUCUUUCCAAGAGAAACACAGGAGAGCAGUGCAGGAACACCUGGAGCUUCUCAGUGACUCAGUGUGGAGACACACGAUACUGCUGUUCACCUUUGGGGACACUUUGAGGGAAAUGACCAUGGAGCAGCACAUAGAAAGAGAAGGUCAGGCCCUCCAGUGGGUCAUAGAGAAAUGUGGGAACAGGUACCAUGUUCUCAGCAGUAAGAACAGCAGUGAGGUCUCUCAGGUCUCAGAGCUGCUGGAGAUGAUAGAGAAGAUGGUGGUGGGUAAUGGUAGCUGCCAUUUCCACAUGGAGAGGAAAGUUCUACAGGUCAUGGAGGAGAAGAGGAGGAUUACAGAAGAACGAGCCAAUCAGAGAGUGAGGAAGGUGAGGGAACACAAAGAGACCCUCAGACACCUUCUUAAAGGGGGAACAAACCGUCCAUUCGAGAUGAAGGUGGUGCUACUGGGGUGGGUGGUUGGGGGCAAGAGCUCAGCUGGAAAUAUCAUCCUGGGCAGGGAGGAGUUUGGAGUUUGGAGAAGAACUGCGCAGUGUGAGAAGAAGCAAGGUGAAGUCGCUGGGAGGCAGGUCACUGUGGUCGACACACCUGGCUGGUGGAAGUUUAUCCCAGCUCAUCUCACACCCGAUUGGAUAAAAGAGGAAGUGGUGAAGAGUUUGACGCUGUGCCACCCUGGACCCCAUGCGAUCCUAUUGGUCAUUCCUGCAGACACAACAUUUAAAGAAGAGCAAAGAAAAAUAAUUAGAGACAACAUGAAGCACCUUGGAGAGGGAAUUUGGAGACACACUCUAGUGCUGUUCACCUGGGGAGAAUGCCUAGGAAACAUCUCCAUCGAGCAGCACAUAGAGAGAGAAGGACACGCCCUCCAGUGGCUCAUUGAGAAAUGUGGGAACAGAUACCACGUUCUCUGCAAUAUGAAAAAGGAGGAUCGCACCCAAGUCACAGAGCUGCUGGAGAAGAUUGAGGAGAUGGUAGCAGGUAAAAGUGUCUUUCAUCUCCUGACUGAGACACAAGGUGAGGUGGUGGAGGAGAUAGAGGAGAUGGACAGAGAGACCGGGGGGGCUGAUCUCAGUACAGAGAAGCAGAAAGUUCCAGAGCUGAUCCAAAUUAUUGAUGAACUCUGGAUCAGGAGGGAAGAGCAUCUGUUGGGGAAACUGGGUUUGGACUGCACUGGAAAAAGCAAAUUUCUUCCUCCUGCUGAAUUACAAAAAGUGUUUGAAAAGGAAUGGAGCAGAAUCGAAAUAGGCCUAAAGCUGAAGAAGAUGAUUCAAGAACGUACCACCCAAACAAGCAGGGGAGGCAGUAUGGAAACCCCUCUCUAUGGGGGAAACACACUCUGUGAAUCAGGGAGUUCGGUAGAAGCGGCUGACUCCACAGAGGAAGAGGGGAAUGCUCUUAAGGAAGCAGCCAGCAAGACACCGUCCCAGCAGUGGAUAGAGAGAGAGGAUGCUGUUUUUGAAAAGGAGUGGGAUAGGAGAGAAUGGGAGAUGUACCUGCACUUCAAAAGGAUGAUUCAGGACUGUGCCACCUUGCCUGUGAGGGGAGCAGCAAGUAAUUCAUUGGUCCUUCCCAACAUGAGGGAAGACACGUCCUCUGAACCAGAGACCUCUCGUCUUGCAAAGACAUGUAUGAAGGUGUGUGACUGGAUGAGUGAAAAGCAUUCUGGGAAUUCUGCUGCUGCAUCUGGAUAUGAAACAAAUUCUGAAAUGAGCAACACAGAGACCUCUGACAUCACAGGAAGAGACGAGGAACUGGGACACUGUGGGGCUGCUGAUACUUAAAACUAACCAGUGUGAUAUAGUAUCAGUCUCUAUACUGCAUUAACACUGACCAGUGUAAUAAUCCAUCAGUCUCUAUACUGCAUUAACACUGACCAGUGUAAUAAUCCAUCAGUCUCUAUACUGCAUUAACACUGACCAGUGUAAUAAUCCAUCAGUCUCUAUACUGCAUUAACACUGACCAGUGUAAUAAUCCAUCAGUCUCUAUACUGCAUUAACACUGACCAGUGUAAUAAUCCAUCAGUCUCUAUACUGCAUUAACACUGACCAGUGUAAUAAUCCAUCAGCCCCUAUACUGCAUUAACACUGACCAGUGUAAUAAUCCAUCAGUCUCUAUACUGCAUUAACACUGACCAGUGUAAUAAUCCAUCAGUCUCUAUACUGCAUUAACACUGACCAGUGUAAUAAUCCAUCAGUCUCUAUACUGCAUUAACACUGACCAGUGUAAUAAUCCAUCAGUCUCUAUACUGCAUUAACACUGACCAGUGUAAUAUAGCGCCAGUCUCUAUACUGCAUUAACAGUGACCAGUGUAAUAUAGCGCCAGUCUCUAUACUGCAUUAACACUGACCAGUGUAAUAUAGCAUCAGCCCCUAUACUGCAUUAACACUGACCAGUGUAAUAAUCCAUCAGCCCCUAUACUGCAUUAACACUGACCAGUGUAAUAAUCCAUCAGCCCCUAUACUGCAUUAACACUGACCAGUGUAAUAAUCCAUCAGCCCCUAUACUGCAUUAACACUGACCAGUGUAAUAUAGCAUCAGCCCCUAUACUGCAUUAAAACUGACCAGUGUAAUAAUCCAUCAGUCCCUGUACUGCAUUAACACUGACCAGAUUAGGUGUAACUUUUUUCUCUUUUUUUCAGAGUCUGUGGGUCUUUGUUGUUUAUUUAGUGUACUUUUGUGCUUAUUAGGGAAGUCUUUCCUUCCCUUACUGCAGUUUUAAUGUCUGUGCACCUGUGUUUGCGUAAGUUCCUCUGGAUAAGAGGGUCUGCUAAAUGGCAGUAAAUAACAACGUAGCUAGCAUUAUAUAUAUUAUACUGAAUGGUGCCUCAUCCACAAUCACCAAUCACUGAGGCGUCUGCUGUAUAUCCUAUUUACUGAAUGUCUGCACUUGAGGAAAUGCUUGUCUAAUAAACUCGUGUCGUAGACUGUGGCAGUACUGAGCACUGAUACACACAAUGAA